GACAAGCAUCUCAAAUACUGUAGAAUAUAAAAUACAGAUUAGACAAAGUGAGAGAGAGAGAGAGAGGAUAGAGAAUGAGAGCAAUGGCAUCUUUGGUCAAUAACUCCUAUGCCGCGCUCAGCAGUUCCAAAGUGGAGCUCCGAGAAGUGAGGAACCUUGCCAACUUCCGAGUUGGACCUCCAUCAUCGUUCAGCUGCAGAAACCACAAAAGGGUGUCUUCCUCUUUCGUCUGCAAGGCUGUCUCUGCUGCGCCUCAGUCUGCCAUUGAAGGCCUUAACAUCGCUGAAGAUGUUUCUCAGUUAAUUGGGAAAACUCCACUUGUGUAUCUCAACAAUGUUGUAAAUGGAUCAGUUGCAAGCAUUGCUGCAAAACUUGAGAGCAUGGAGCCUUGCUGCAGUGUCAAGGAUAGAAUUGGCUACAGUAUGGUUGAUGAUGCUGAGCAGAAAGGAGCUAUCACACCUGGAAAGACGACCCUGGUGGAACCCACGAGUGGAAACACAGGAAUAGGUCUUGCAUUUAUAGCUGCUGCAAGAGGAUACAAGCUUAUCUUGACUAUGCCAGCUUCUAUGAGUAUGGAAAGGAGAGUUAUCUUGAAAGCAUUUGGAGCUGAGUUGAUCUUGACUGACCCAGCUAAGGGUAUGAAAGGAGCAGUUGAGAUAGCUGAAGAAAUCUUGAGGAAAACUCCUAAUUCCUACAUGCUUCAACAGUUUGACAACCCCGCAAAUCCCAAGAUCCAUUAUGAGACAACAGGUCCUGAGAUCUGGGAAGACACAAAAGGCAAAGUGGACAUUUUUGUUGCAGGCAUUGGAACAGGAGGGACAAUAUCUGGAGUUGGUCGAUAUCUCAAAGAGCGCAAUCCUGAUGUAAAGGUCAUUGGUAUAGAACCUACAGAAAGCAACAUACUUUCAGGUGGAAAGCCUGGUCCGCACAAGAUUCAAGGACUUGGAGCUGGUUUUGUCCCCAGGAAUCUAGAUUUGGGUGUGGUUGAUGAAGUUAUAGAGGUAUCUAGUGAUGAAUCCGUUGAAAUGGCAAAGCAAUUGGCAAUGAAAGAAGGCUUGUUGGUUGGCAUUUCCUCUGGAGCAGCAGCCGCAGCUGCAGUCAAGAUUGGUAAAAGACCUGAAAAUGCAGGAAAACUGAUAGUUGUUGUGUUUCCUAGCUUUGGUGAGCGUUACCUAUCAUCUGUCUUGUUCCAAUCUAUUCGGGAGGAAUGUGAAAACAUGAAGCCAGUAUAAAGACAACUUGGGCAUUGGUACUCAUGGUUUUGCUCAGUCUUAAUGAUAACAAAUAGACUUCGGCUGCCCAUCAAUCUUUAGAUUUUGUGCUCAUUUUCAGGUUUUGGCUCUUCCUUUCUUGUCGCGGUUUUGAAUGCCAAUUGGAUACUUAGAACCCAGAAUGAUCUAUGUUUUCUCAAUUUAUUUGUUAAAAUAUCAAUAAAAUAUGCAGAGCAAAUGAUGAUUUUAUUA